AUGCCACACAAGGAACUUUUUAUAGGGCAGAAAGAGGAGAAAGAGGUCAGUGGAGAAACUGGGUCGGAGGAGGGUAAAGAGCAGACCGUGACACUGGUCAUACUCCUCUUGAUCCAGGCUACUGGGUUAUGUUUAGGGAGUCCAGCUGGUUGGAAUGUCGUUUUUGAUCGUGUGAAUUCAUGGAGGCAUCAUUUCUGGAAAAGUUUUAAGUGCAUGGUGCCUUUGAUUGAUCAGCCUUUCCGCUACAUAUCCAUUCUGUUUCUGAAAAUACCACAUGAAGGUCUCAAUCCUGUAAUGAGUUCCGUGCAUGUGGACCUCUGUAUGCUCCAGAUGGACACAGGGCUUUGUCUGGCAGGAUUGCAGAAUGUUAUGCUUCAGCAGGUGAACAGGAAACAAAAAGGAAGCAGCAGCCUUCAGACAGCUGGUUGUGGGAGAAUCUCUCUUGUAAGCCUAGAGGAAUCCCAGAUGCCUGAGAAAACCACAGCCUGCCUGGACAACAGGGAAGGAACAGUAGGGCGAAGCUCUGACUAUGCACUCUUCAUCAAUUUGGCAAGACAGAAUAUUGGGCCAGAUUUCCUUGAGGAACAAGGUUUGUCAUUCACUAGUAGAAAAGACAGUGAUCUCUUACUCUGCAUCCUCUGCAUGCAUGCCUCCAGCCAGGCACUACAGCACAAAGAAAAAGUGGCAUGCUGAUAUUGGUAAUCUGGCAAAAAGUCAAUGGAGGAGUUUCCAAGAUAACAAGUGAAGAAUUUAUUCCAAAAUAUAUAACUUUAUGUAAAACA